AGUCACCUCGACUUACAAGACGUUUUCGUCAAUAAUUUUUAUACGAAAUUAUUUAAAAUUGUAUUGUUCAUAUUUUGUAAGGCUUAAAAACAGAGUGAGCCACCAUGCCGGACGCAGGCAAGUGCACGUUCGGCACUCGGAUGCCGAUCGACAUCCACAUGCUGAAUGAGAUUAUCUACCGGGAGGUGAAGCACUUCAGGAACUACAAGAUAUACCGCCCCAACUUUGGAUCUGUCCCCGUGACCGGCAAAUUCUACGCGGCUCACGACCAAGUGAAGACGGAGUCCAGAGAGCAGACGCAGAAGGUGGACGACUACCACCGCAACGUGGCGCAGACCAGGGCUAAAGGACCCAAGAGCAAGUACCCCACCCCGGCCACAGAGAACAUGGUAUACGGCUGGUUCUCCAAGCCGCUGGUGGCCAUGGACCGCAACGACCGCCGCUUCUACAACCCCAAGAAGGAGAGCACGCACACCAAGAUCGAGAUCAUCAUCCUCAUGUCCAACCCCAAGAGCAAAGCAUAAGCUUCCUAAACCUAGGCGCAGACCACCAACUUUCUAGUCGGCCGAUAGUUGGAUCGGGCUGUUAAUCAGUAUGGAGAUGUAUGAAAGUGCGCACAUUACACCGAUUUGGUAUCGGGCGAUUCUUCAUAUCUACAAAUUAGAAUCGGGCCCAACUAUCGGCCAACUAAAAGUCGCCCUAGGCUAACAGCUGCAUAUUAACAUUCAUAAUACCAUGCAUGCAUACAUGCCAUUGAGUCCCAAACAUUAUUAGGUACUAGGAAUAUUCGUCACAGUUAUAUGUAGAGUUCAAUUUUAUUAACUUAAAUUCGAUAUUUAGGCCUAUUUCGUAGGUUGCCUUGUUAUUUUUUAUUUUUUAUCUUUGCCUCAUAAGUUUUAUGAUAGCACUUCUUAGUUGUU